AUGCUUCCAGACUUGCAGGAUAUGGAACAGCGACAGAUGGACAGAUUCGGUGCGAGCUGUAGCAGAAGAUCGAACAGGACGGGCUCAAAUAUGUUCGAGGACGACACCUCGGCGAAGAUGCCGAUAAACCGCAGCCCACCGUUUAACCCAAAAGUUAGUCAAGAGGAAGAAUUGCCAGAAAUCGGCAGCUUAAAGCUAGGGAAAGUGCUUGUUGUGUAG